UCCACGACCCGCAUUCGAGUACAAUUGGUUCUUUAAAGGCUGAAUGUGAACGAGAACGAUUUGUUCACUUGAGGUCUACUCUAGUUCAAAAAAGCGAACUGAAUACCAACAAGCUGUGCAAGUAAACUGUGCGUAAUGCGGCAGUCGCAGGUUCAUUUUGUGGUAAAACACAUAUUUGCAUGUGCACAUUCUUUGCCUUAUCAGAUCAACAUAUACCACGGCGUAGAAGGAGUUCAACAGAAUUGCAUGUAGCCUAAAUAAAAGCUCGGCGGGCAGGAACACCUCUGCAUGGCAUGCAGUAGGCUAUUAAUGUAGUAUGGGUAACUGCAACUUUUUUAAAAAAGAAAAUGGGCGUGGAUGAGGAUUACAGGCUGGGGGACUGUCUUUUUUAUAAAACCAUGAAUGUUUGCAGAUGUGGUGUGGAGAAACUUGCCUCUCCAUCACUCUACUUCCGCAUCAAACAUGUUGUAACGCUCCACAUGUCCUGCUGAGCACAACACUGAAGUAAAUGCCAUUUGCAUCGGUUUGCAUGUUUUUAACAUUGACCUCGCAGAAACAUCUGACUGGGACGCAGCAGCAAACUGCAGAGAUCAUAUGGAAGAGAAACUGGACAUGGAGGAUGUUUCUCCGUCCCAUCAACAUCAGCGGGGCUUGUGGAAAUCCUUCCACGGCAGAGCCAAACUAACUGGCAGCCCCAAACUGGGCAAAAAAGACAGAAAGCAAGAAAGUGGGUUUUGGAUAUUUAAAAAGAAACGUCCAAAUGGUUUGGACCGAGCGAUUUCUUCGUCACAACCCAAUCUGCCCAGCGCAGCCCUGGAUGGCGGUGACAGCGGGAGGACGCGCUGCGGCAUGCCGGAGCAGAGUGUCGGUACGCCGGCCGCGGCAGCAGCGUCGCUCGGUGCGGAGAUCCAGAUGCUGAAAAGAACCGUGAGCUCCAAACCGACACUCUCCCAAUUGGUGCAGUCUCAACAUAAACCUGUUCCGCAAGGGUCCACAUGCAUUGAUGAUGCAGUGAUGGAUGGUAAUGAAGAACAGGUCAAUACAAGUGUGGGCAUUAAUGCAGCUGAUAACGGUGGCACAAAACCUUUACUGCCCACUUCAGCGAUGUAUCAGUUGGACAUUGUGCUGAAAAGAGGAAACAACCUUGCCAUUCGAGACAGAGGGGGAACAAGUGACCCGUAUGUGAAGUUCAAAAUAGCCGGUAAAGAAGUUUUCCGCAGUAAAAUCAUUCACAAGAACCUUAACCCGGUUUGGGACGAGCGCGUUUGCCUGAUAGUGGACAAUUUACAAGAACCUUUAUAUCUUAAGGUGUUUGACUAUGAUUUUGGCCUUCAAGAUGACUUCAUGGGCUCAGCUUACCUGUACCUUGAGUCUCUGGAGCACAUGAGACCUCUUGAUGUUCGGUUGGACCUUCAAGAUCCUCACUGCUCUGAGCAGGACCUGGGCUCUCUGGAGCUGGUGGUCACUCUGUUCCCAAGAAGUACAGAGGACAGAGAGGCCCUCAGACAGAUGACCAUGCUACUGAGGAGAAGCUGGAAGGGAUGCAUUAAGCAACAGCAGCUGCAGCAGCAGAAUCUUCGACUGUCGGACCUGCACAAGAAGUCUCAGCUGUGGAGGGGCAUUGUGAGCAUCAGACUAAUAGAGGGUCGCAACCUCAUCCCCAUGGACCAGAACGGCUUCAGCGACCCUUAUGUCAAGUUCAAACUAGGCCCUCAGAAGUACAAGAGUAAGACAAUUCCCAAGACCCUCAACCCUCAGUGGAGGGAGCAGUUUGACUUGCAUCUGUUUGAUAAGGAGGGAGGCAUUCUGGAGAUCUCAGUUUGGGACAAAGACAUUGGAGUGAGAGAUGACUUCAUCGGCCAAUGUCAGCUGGACCUGUCAAAGUUGAGCCGAGAGAAGACACAUAAGCUGGAACUUGAGCUGGAGGAGGAUAAAGGGACGCUGGUACUGCUGGUGACUCUCACCGCCACAGUCGCCGUCUCAAUCUCUGACCUCUCUGUCAACCUACUAGACGACCCACAGGAACGCCAGCAAAUCCUUAAGAGAUAUAGUCCUAUGAGGUCCUUCUUUAACGUGAAGGAUGUAGGAAUCGUGCAGGUAAAGAUCCUGCGGGCCGAGGGGCUGAUGGCUGCUGAUGUCACAGGAAAGAGCGACCCGUUCUGCAUUGCAGAGUUGUGUAACGACCGUCUGCAGACACACACGGUCUACAAGACACUGAACCCCGAGUGGAAUAAAGUCUUCACCUUCAAUGUGAAAGACGUUCACGCGGUGUUGGAGAUCACAGUGUACGACGAGGACAGAGAUCGCAGUGCUGAUUUCCUGGGUAAAGUGGCCAUCCCUUUAUUAAACAUCCGCAACAGCGAACAGAAGGCCUACGUCUUAAAAAACAAGGAGCUGACAGGGCCAACAAAGGGGGUCAUCUUUCUCGAAGCAGACGUCAUCUUCAACGCCGUGAAAGCCAGUUUGCGGACGUUUGUUCCGCCGGAACAGAAGUACAUCGAAGAGGAGGCCAAAGUCUCUAAACAGCUGCUGCAGCAGAAUUUUAACCGAGUGAAGCGCUGCAUCUUCUUCCUCAUUAACGUGGGCUCCUACCUCAACAGCUGUUUUCAAUGGGAGUCCCCCCGCAGGAGUUUAUGUGCUUUCUUGAUCUUUGUGGUGGUGGUUUGGAAUUUCGAGAUCUACAUGAUUCCGUUGUCCUUGCUGCUGCUGCUGACCUGGAAUUACUUCCUGCUGGCCUCCGGGAAGGAGUCGCGCGAGGGAAGUGUGCAAGCGAUGGAGGACCUUCUUGAGGAUGUGGAUGAAGAAUGUGACAAAGAUGACAAGGACUCGGAAAAAAAGGGCUUCUUGGACAAAUUAUACGCGGUUCAAGAUGUGAUCGUAACGGUUCAGAACGCUUUGGAUGAAGUGGCCUGCUUUGGGGAACGAGUGAAGAACACAUUUAACUGGUCUGUGCCUUUUCUGAGCUGGUUAGCCAUAACAGUGCUAUGUGCCGGUGCCACGCUAAUAUACUUUAUCCCACUACGCUACAUUGUGCUGGUCUGGGGUAUCAAUAAAUUCACCAAAAAACUUCGGGACCCAUACAACAUUGAGAACAAUGAGUUGCUGGACUUCCUGUCUAGAGUUCCAUCAGACAUUCAGAUGGUUCAGUACAAAGAGCUCAAACCGGACAGCUCUCAGAGUCCCAGCAGGAAAAGAAGGAACAACCCCAGAUAGAUACUUUUAAUUUCUAAUCAACGGGCUCCAAAGAACUGCUCAAGAAAAAUACACUGUGCAAAGACUUUAAAAAAGAGAUUGUUUUAAAAAGAAAGAAAUAUUUAUAUUGUUUUUAUCAUUAUUUAUGCAAAUUGCACAACUAUAAUAGCACAAAAAUCAAUUGUUGUUCAUAAAAUGUACUUUUAAUUAUUUAUAUGCCCAUUUUUAUUCUGAGUCACUGAUUCAGUCAGUGUCUUGAACAUUUUUAAUUACGUGGAGAAAAAUGUUGCAAGCCGAAUUUGAACUUGCAUCACCCACGUGAGCACCACCGCUCAAAAAACAUGUGCCUACCACUUGGUCGUAGCUCCAACAAAUUAGUCUUUUUUAAAUGUGUCUUUUCCAAUCAGUUGAGUCUAUAUAAUGUGGUUUCUGAGUGUUUAGCUUUCGCAAAUCUUCUGCACAAUUGAAUGUAAUAUAUGCAACUGGUUCAACUUUUCAGAUUUCCUAGAAAACACCCCCAAAACUUUACAGUGAACACAGCACCUUUGAGGUUGCUGUUCAUAUGAUUCACUUUGGAUAAUUACUUUUAUGCCUAAGCACAUAUUUUAUGGUGAAACUGCAUGCUGUGCAUCUGUAUCAAAAUAAUAAUUGUGUGCAUAGAAAAAAGUGACUGUAAAUAUACAAUGUGGAAACAUUAUUUAUGUUUUUCUGGAUGUAUACCCAUGACAGAUAUGCUGUGACCAUUGUUCAUAUGCUAUGAUAAAUAAUGAAAUGCUGUUUUAUUGUAAUAUUUAUACAUUAUGUUGCUUGUUAAUAAGAAUGAUUCUUCAUGAUAUAUGAGCAUGUAUAACUGUUAACCAGAUAUACUCGAGGAGAAUAAUUAUUAUUAUUAUAUAAGUUGGAAAACUUUUUUCCAAUUUCCAACAUUUGUGCACAUUUAAUGAAAAAAGGGCGCAGCUUUGACUUUGCAUGUUCAGACAGGGCUGGAACCAACCAAUCAAAAACCUCUCUCUGUGAACUUUGGGUUAUUUAUGUUCUGAAACAAUGAAUGUUGGUAUUUUUUGUAAUUAUUGUUCUUCUAAAGUCAAAAUUCUCAUGAUGAAACAUGUCAACAUGAAAUCACAUUUGCAACCUAUGUUUUACUUCUGUGAAACUGUUAUUAAUAAGAAAAAAAAAUAUAUUUUAUCCAUCAGGAAUUGACUGGAUCAAGAAAGUGGACUCAAUAUUUUUUUUUGGCCUCAAUGUUCACCAAUGUCUCAUUGACAGUAAGACCAGGAAGGUGUAUUAAAAGAGCAAAUAGGGACAACUUUGAUUUCAUGUUGACUUUAAGUAACCACACCCCAAAGAAGAAAAUAAAUUAAUUAAUUAAAAACAAAUUAAUACAUGCAAUUAAACAUGGUGCCAAGGGGUUUAAAGUGCAUAUGGCAUUGCAUAAUCCAGAAUUUACUCCUUGUGUAAAAUGUAGAUUGUUAAUCAUUUGUCCAAGAGCAUCCAAUUAACUAAUCCAGAUUAGAGAUACAGUAUGUGUGAAGUGAUGCAUUUUUCGGGGUGGGGGAGGGACCGUAAGAGAUAAUGAAUGAGUCAUCAGGUGGAGUUUUGUGUCUACAUUAACACGUUCAUAUGGGCAACUGGAGGGUCCAUCUCCCAGUUACAAAUGAAAGGUUUAUAAUUAGUUUCUUUAAUCUCUGCCUUAUUAAAUAAAUGCUUCUUUGGGAAUCAGGACAGACUAAUUGAGCUAUGAAGGGCAUCUUUUUAAAGUAGCAAAAGAGCAGUCUCUCCCAUGGCCUGGGCUUUUAAAAGAGAUUAAUGAGAAUUUAAAAUAGUCUUGGGUUUCCCUUCUCACUUCACUUCAAUAAAGACCAAUGAAAUUCUC